GGGGCGGCCGCAGAGCGGCAGCGGCUGCGCCGCGGCGGCGGGAGCGGGGCCGGGGCUGCGGGGAGCGGCGGCUCCGCGGCACCGGCGGCGCGGAGGGCGGAGCGGCCGGUCCUGCCCUGCCCUCCCCUGUCUGCCCUCCCCGCCCCUGCCUGCCUUCCCCUGCCUGCCUUCCCCUGCCUGCCUUCCCCUGCCUGCCUUCCCCUGCCUCCCCAGCUUGCUCCUGCCUUCCCCGGUCUGCCGCCCCACGUCCCCUGCUUGCCCCCAUCAUCUCCCCUGCUUGCCCCCAUCAUCUCCCCUGCUUGCCCCCAUCAUCUCCCCUGCUUGCCCCGUCUCCCCUUGCCUCCCCUGCCUGCCCUGCCUGUCUGCAGCAGCCUGAGCCCAGUGCAGCAAUGGGCCAGGAACACUUGGGGGCAGAGGGGGGCUGAGGGGAGCGGGGGUCCCGGCGGCAGGAUGGGGACGGGCUCGGAGGGCAGCGGGGAGGGCGAGGGGCUGUCCAGCCUGCGGGCCUUCGCCCACAGCUCCUCGCUGCACGGCAUCAGCCACGUCUUCGCCUACGGGGCCGUGUCGCUGCGCCGCGUGCUGUGGGGCGGCUUCUUCCUGGGCUCGCUGGGGCUGCUGCUGCUGGUCUGCGCCGAGCGCGUCGCCUACUUCCUCACCUACCCCCACGUCACCAAGCUGGACGAGGUGGCCGUCCACAACCUCACCUUCCCGGCCAUCACCAUCUGCAACCUCAAUGAGUUCCGCUUCUCCAAGAUCACCCGCAACGACAUGUACCACGUGGGCGAGCUGCUGGCGCUGCUCAACGACCGCUACGAGAUCAGCAACCCGCAGCUGGCCGAGCCGCACGUCCUGGCCGCCCUGCGCGACAAGGCCAACUUCAAGAACUUCAAGGCAAAGCCCUUCAGCAUGGCCGAGUUCUACAACCGCACGGGCCACGACCUGGCCGACAUGCUGCUGCAGUGCUCCUUCCGCGGCACCAACUGCACCGCCCGCAACUUCACCGUGAUCUUCACCCGCCUGGGCAAGUGCUACACGUUCAACCCGGGGGGGCCGGGCCGGGAGGUGCUGACCACGCUGCAGGGCGGCGCGGGGAACGGCCUGGAGCUGAUGCUCAACGUGCAGCAAGAGGAGUACCUGCCCGUCUGGGGGGACACGGACGAGACCUCGUACGAGGCGGGGGUGAAGGUGCAAAUCCACAGCCAGGACGAGCCCCCCUUCAUCGACCAGCUGGGCUUUGGCGUCGCCCCCGGCUUCCAGACCUUCGUGUCGUGCCAGCAGCAGCGGCUGGUGUACCUGCCCCCGCCCUGGGGGGACUGCAAGGCCACCCCCAUCGAGUCCGACUUCUUCACCAACUACAGCAUCACCGCCUGCCGCCUGGACUGCGAGACCCGCUACCUGGCCGAGAACUGCAACUGCCGCAUGGUGCACAUGCCGGGCAACGCCAACGUCUGCACCCCGGAGCAGUACAAGGAGUGCGCCGAUCCUGCGCUGGACUUCCUGGUGAAGAAGGACAGCGAGUACUGCGCGUGCCGCACGCCCUGCGCCAUGGUGCGCUACGGCAAAGAGCUCUCCAUGGUGAAGAUCCCCAGCAAGGCCUCCGCGCGCUACCUGGCCAAGAAGUUCAACAAGACAGAGCAGUACAUCGCGGACAACGUGCUGGUCCUGGACAUCUUCUUCGAGGCGCUGAACUACGAGAUGAUCGAGCAGAAGAAGGCGUACGAGGUGGCGGGGCUGCUGGGUGACAUCGGGGGGCAGAUGGGGCUGUUCAUCGGCGCCAGCCUCCUCACCAUCCUGGAGAUCUUCGACUACCUGUACGAGGUGUUCCGGGACAAACUCCUCAGCUUCUACAAGGAGAAGAAGCGGAGCCCCAGGAGCGCCGGCAGCACCCUGGAGCACCCGGCGGCCCCGGGCAGCCCCGCGGGGCCGCUCCCGCCGGGGCCCAGGGCGCCCGGCCCCCCCUGCGCUGCCCGGACGGUCUCGGCUUCGCCCCGAACGUGCUACCUCGUCACCCGGCUGUAGGCGCCGGCCCCGAGUUCGCCUGCUGAGGGACAGGCCGGGGGGCCGGGCCCCCCCGCCCUGCCCCCGGGACCGGGGGACCCCCGGGCUGCGGGGCUGGCCCCGGGCCCUGAGCGCCCCCGCUGGGACCCCCGAGGGGGCGGCGGGGGCUGGGGGCGGCGGGGCCCCCCGACCCUGCUCCCCGUACCUGCAUGUGCUGCUUGCGCCCGCGCCCCCCCCGCCGCGCUGUACAUGCGACUCCCGCCCGCUGCAGCCCCCCCCAUUAAAGAGCUGCCCCAGG